CCCGUUCCGCCGCGGAUUGGCGGUCCUGCCGCUAAACGCGGACACAGUGACGGCAAUAUGGCUUCCGCCAGUGCCAGCGAGUGAGAGUACCUCCCUUACGAAAGGUGACAACGGCGGCGUCAUGGCGAGAUAUUCGUGGACGCGGGUGUCGUCGCGCGCGUUAAGAUCGCCGCCGUGCGCCAGCCCCGCCGUGGUCGCGCGGAUCCGCGCGUAAAUCAGUGCCGCGGGCGAGAGUUGCGAGUGCGGCAAAACAAUCGUGCGCUUCGUGUCGACGGCAGACGGGAGAAGGAGACGGACAGUGUCGGUAGGACAGAGAGAGAGAGAACGAUUGAGUGAGAAACAGCGGAGGAAAGAGAAACAGAGAAAGAGAGAGUGAGAGAGAGAGAGAACGCACCGUCGUAAUCUCAAUUAAUUUCGAGCGGGCGAGUGGAAACGACGACGACGACGUCGACGACGACGUUCGGAUCGCGGCGUGUGCUCGACGUGCGUAGCGACGCUGUGCUCCGCGCGCGCAGCGUUCGCGCGAGGGGAACGCGGACCGAUUGUCGCGCGCGCGAAUCGGAGCGGAGUAGCAAUAGUAGUAGUAGUAGUACUAGUAUCCGUAGGAUAAAAAAAGAGGAGAGCCAAACAAAGAGGGAGAAACUCCGCGAUUGUCGGGAUUGUCGGGACUCCGGACUGUGAGUUUGGCCUUGCGAUAAAUCCGCCACCGGAGUCGGUGGCAUCAGCGGAGUGUGCGUAUCGUGCGUGCGUGCGUGUGCGUGUGCGUGCGAGUCGCGUGUGCACAGGUAGUAGACGUAGGUGCACAACAGCACGUCGGGCACGGAGGGGAACGGACGAGCGGACGGACGGACGGACGGACGGACGCACUGGUGGCGUAUUAGCGGCGAGAGCCGCUGAAUGAGCGGAAAGUUGCAAGCGCAGCACGGGAGAGAGAGAGAGAGAGAGAGAGAGGGAGCGAGGGACAGGAGCGAGACGGAGGUGGCACACGCGGGGUGCAUGACGACGUUUCGGCGCGGUGAGGCGACGUUGCCAGAGUUUCCCCCCCGUCGCGUAAACCGCUACUACUACAGACCACCGCUACACGGCGGCGCGAGGGAGAGGGGGAGGAGGGUGACGAACACGAGAGAGACCACGACGACGACGGCGACGACGGCGGCGGCGGCGGCGGCGGCGACGAUCGCGGUGGUGUUGGUGCGGCUCCCGUGUCUUUCUCGUAGUGGUGCGUGAUCGCGUCGCGUCGACGAGAAUCUGGACGCGCGUCGAUCGCCCUCCCCGCGACGACGACGACGACGACGACGAGGACGGCGACAACGGCGAGAGGACGUGCCGGAUACGAUGGAACGACGCCUGACGUACGUUCGUCAUAGCGACACGUGACAUGCCGAAUCACAAGCCAGCAGCGCAAGCCAUGAAGAAGCCAGCACGCGUGGACCGAGACCGGCUUCGGGAGCGAGAGCGACAGGCCCGCGCGGCGAUGUCGGUCCAAGCGGAGCAGGCUGCUGCGGGAGGUGGACCUGAUACGAGACACCAUAACAACGCGCACGCCAGCAUACAUGUCUCCCCGCCGAACCUCUUCCGUGCCCCCGUUAGGGCAAUGCCCGAUCCACAAAUCCAGAAUACGCUGGGUAACUACUCGCUGGUGAAGCACCGGCUCGACAAGCGGCUGAUCGGCAUCGACGGCAUCCCGCCGAGUCCGGCGCCCUCGCCGACACCCUCCGCCCACAAGUCGAGCAGCUCCACCAGGAGCUGCUCCCCGUCCGCGGAGUUCAAGAAACCCGGUGGCCUCCGGGGCACAAGCGUCGCGUCUUCCUCGUCGGGCCAUCAGCAGCAGCAGCAACAGCAGCAGCAGCAGCAGCGGAACGGCUUCGUUAAGCCCGCUGACGGCAAGCUACCCUACGGUGGCCGGGGUGGCUACCCCGGUCAACCGGUCAAGCACGGCGGCGGUAGUAACGAUCAUCGCAGCCACGGGUUACUUCCGGCCAAGGGCCCGCCGUCUCAGCCGCCACCGCCGCCUCCUACCGUCGGCAGUAACGGCGCGCUGGUGCCGAUCGGCAGUUCCGGCGGAAGUGCCGGCAACCCCGGCGGCGGCCUCGCGAACCGCACCCAAUUCGCCGGCCGACUGAAGCUGAUCGAGGUUAACGGAUCUAACUCGCGAUCGUUGAUCGAUAGCACCCAAGACGUGGAAAACAUUCUGAAGGAGGUGACCGUGCCACUCAAGCCACUGACGGCGAUCGCGCAGACCCCGCGGAAGGAGCACGAGUCGAAGUUCACCUUCAACCCCCAUUUGGCGAAGUUGACGGAAGUCGUCCCGCCCGAGCCUGCGAAGCUUCAGCGCCAGCACACCGCCAGCAGACUGUCUGCGGAUCUAGCGCGGGAUCUGAGUCUGUCGGAUAGCGAGGAUGAGGAAAACAAGGAAACAUCGUCGAGACCGAUGAGAGGAAACAGGAGUCCGGAUCUCACGGUCGUUCUGUCGGCGCCGUUGAUGACGUCGGCGCCGCCACCUUUGACACCGAUGUCGCCCAUGGUCAUGUCACCCGUGGGCCCGCUGUCACCCCCGCGGCCGAUCAGCCCUCCGAGAUAUCCGUCCCCGCCGCCAAAGCGGGUGACACCGGAGCGAGUGCUGUCUCCUUUACCUGUUGUCAAUCAUCCCCUGCCAUCGGCGUGCUCUCCGACGAAUCCGGUCGCUGUUGGCCAGCUGUCGAGUCCAGCUGAGGCGCCGCAGAGCUCCGGAAGCGCCAGCUCGAGCUCGGACUCCGGCUCGGAUUCCGGUUCGGACAGCAGCGACGAUUCCGAGGACGAGGAUGACCUUGCGUCGGCACCGCCGCCGUCCAAGGGACCCACCACGCCGCCGUCAGUCUCACCGAAACAGGAGAAUCUGGUCGAGGAACCGCUGCCCGCCGUGGAAGAGCGUCGCUGGGAUCUCAGUUCCUUCUUCAACAAGACGGCAGUGCAGCAUGGCGAACAGAACUCAGAAUCGAAACCAGUUCAAGAUAAUGUCAGGCGGGAGAACCCGCUCGAAAUUAAGACGGAGUCCGGCAGAACUCACAGGGAACAGUCGCACGAUUGGAAGCUCGAUGAGGCCUUGAAGAGAUCUCGCAACAUGAGUUCCCCCAGCGACAGCGAUCAUCACUCCGACCAGGAGAAAGUUCAUCAGCUAGUCGAGGAUAAUCGCGUCCAAGCGGAAAAACCGAAGGUUCCCGAUGCCAGGAAACGUCCAGGGCGACCCAGAAAAUCCACCAAGAGUCCGAAACGUGGUCACCGAACGUCCGACGAAAAUUUGAAGAAUAGCAAACCACGCAGUCGGACGAGAACAGUUGUCGCCACUUCUAGUAAGAAGAAACAACCGAAGUCAAAGGAGACGGUGACCACGAGCGACGACGACAGCGACUCGAGGUCGCAGAGUGAUUCCGACAGCGAUCGUCGCCCUACCAAAGUUUCGGCUGUGCCACCGACGAGAAAUGAAAAGAGGCCGAGACUGAGCGUAUCUUCCAGCGACGACGAGAGAGCACCGUCGAACAAGAAAAAUGGUGCUCCCGAGGACGAUGCUGCGCGAUGGACUAGGGUUCCCCCUAUCAAACGGAACAACCUUCUCGAUUCGCCGAAGAAGCAAGACCAGAAGAAAAAUUCGGCUAAAGGCAAACCCAGGCAGUCGAGGUCCAGAGUGACCAAUAUAACUGGCGGUUCGGACUCGGACAGCGAAUCGGAGGUGGCCGUAAGGAAUCGCAUCAAAGUUGCCCGAGUGCCUCCUAGACCACGAGCACCACCUACAAGGGCGACUUCGCCUGAUAAUUCCGAUAGUGAUAACAGCCCGUCAUCGAAGUUGCAAGAGGAUGACGCCGGCAAUGUGCAGGACAAGAAGAAAAGCGACACGUUGCGCCACGUCUUUUCGUCGAAGGGUGGCGGAAAGGGUGGUGGAAAAGGUGGGAAAGGUGGAAAAGGUGGUGGUAAAUGCGGCAUCUACGUGGAAGAGUACACGAGCAAUUCUGCUACGCAUACACCGACCGGCGGGGACAGCCCUUACAAAAGACCGUCCUCGCGGACGUCCGGUGGUGGUAACAAUAUUCUCCUACGAUCUCCACCAGCGCUCACACACGUGAACGGCGUACCAAGUCUCAUGUGCAAGAUUGAUCUCAGCAGGAUAUCCUCACAAAUUUUGCAAUUAAUGAGAGGACAAGAACUCAGACAGCGCACGGAGUUGCCCGACACCAGGCCAUCUUCGAGGCAGAGACCGUCCUCCAGCUUGGCGACCUCGCAACCACCGAGGCCGUCCACGCCGGAGGAGGGUGAGAUCAUAGAUACGCCACCACCACAGCAGCAGAUUAUGUCGGAUCGCGGAUCGAGGAUUCAUCGUUCCGACGGACUGUUGGGUGAGGGUGACGGUAGGAGUUCACGUUCUGUGAUCAAGAGCCAGCCGAUAUCGGACUCGAAGAGCAGCGGUACUAUUCUCGGAGGUGCCGGUAGUGCUAAUGGUGCUGCGGCACUCGGUGGCGUACCUAAGAGAAAACGUAAUCCAAGUUGUAGUUCCAUAUCCAGUUUAAGUCCCGUUCAGUGUUUGGUGGACGCGAAAACCAAGAGUUCAUCUGAACAUAAGGAAAGGAAUCGUAAGAGACAACGGAGACAUGGCAAUGAUGGACUAAUGUCCAGUCAGAGUGAUAUCCAGCCGACGAAUCACGAAAGGGACGCUGAAAAACAAGAUACGAGUUUAUUACCACCACCACCUCUCCCAGCACAGCGCGUCUACUAUUCUUAUUUCGAUCCUCAAAAUGAUAUAUUGGAAGAUCAGGAUAGGGACCAUGAUCAGUACCUGACCGAAGCUAAGCGACUGAAACAUAAUGCCGAUGAAGAGAAUGAUCUUACGGCACAGGGCAUGAUGUAUCUAGAAGCCGCUUUAUACUUCCUUCUGACAGGUGAUGCGAUGGAAUCGGACCCACUUACAGAAAAAGCCUCGUACACUAUGUACAAAGAUACUCUUAGUCUUAUCAAAUAUAUCUCGUCAAAAUUCAAGAGCCAAUCCAACAACUCACCCGAAAAUAGUAUACACACCAAGUUGGCCAUCCUAAGCCUUUGGUGUCAAUCACGCUUGUACUCAAAGCUUUAUAACAUGCGCAAACAGGAAGUAAAAGAGGUCCAGAAGAUCGUCAACGACUUCAGUCAGAAGCAAUCUCAGCAAUCAAUGGCACAGACAACACCUGCACAGGCAGAGGGGCAAGGCACGCCUUCUCUUUCGCCUACACCGUCACCCGCCGGUUCUGUAGGUUCCGUUGGGAGUCAAAGUUCCUCCGGAUAUAGCAGUGGUGGACAACACCCGGUAACAUCGGUCAACGGUCAAUAUAUUAGCGUGCCGUUGCACGUCUACAAUGCAAUGAUGAAGCAAAAUCAGUAUUCAGGCUUACUUACGAACGGUCACGACCUAUGGGACCAGGCAAUAAAGCAGGCGAGACAGGAAGAGAAUAGAAGCUUUUUCAUUGACUUGGAUCGAAGAUUGGGACCCCUGACAUCAUAUAGCUCACUACGCGAGCUGGUGCGUUACGUUCAAGCGGGUAUAAAAAAGUUACGAGCUCUCUGACCACAGUGGCACAGUCCCCGACCGCCCACCCCAAACUACAUUACCUCCCUUCCUCAAAAUAUGGUCACUUACCCAACCAUGUACACGUAGUUGCGUAGCGUCGUCGCGUCGGUUAUUGUGAUGUCAACUAACAAUCGCGGCGACGUGUAAGAACGUGAAAAGCAGGAAGGUGCUAUAGCGGUGAUAUAGCAAAAUUAUGGACUAUUUUUUCCGCGACAAGUAGCCUCUGGGUGGGGGGGGGUGCGACCAAAUCGAUAACGAGAGUCACGGUCUAGAAAAAGGAAAGAAAACGAGAGCAGCUCGUGAAGACAUCCUUCAGUCGGACGACGUCGGGGCAUUCUUGAUAUAAAUUUAGCAGCAAGUUUAUAGUCAAUUGCAAAGCGCGUGCCUGAAGAGGCGAGGGAAAAAUGCGGCCGACCGCGGCAGAGAGUCGCUUUGUCUUACCACGGUGCAUAAACGAACCCUCGUGCACUUUGUUUAGAGCACGUGUUACUUAUUCUCGAGGCGCAAAGAAGAGAAUUGUUGAAUGAGAAAUGAGAAAUGAAACGCUCGUGAGCGACAACGCGAGCGCAUUAGAAUUCUGACAAGCCGCAGUGAUAACUCGUGUCUAUUUUUCCGAAGUGUCCGCUUUUAUAAGUUAACGCAUAGAUAUUGACGCGAGAUCGAGAGUAGGGGAGGAAAUAAGGAAAUAAGGAAAUAAAAAAUAGAGAGGGUGAGGGUAAAGAUGUAGAGACCGAAUAUGAGAAAAGAAAAGUGAAAAGCCACUAAAGAAGUAGUAGAAGUGCCACGUAAAAAGCGCCCGUGUGUUCUCGCUUCACGGUGCGCCCGACGUUACCUGAAGCAUGAGUAUCGUUUCGGCGAUUCUAAUGCGAUGAAUAUAGUGGAUAUACAUAUUUAAUAUAUAUAUAGUUUAUUACCUAUAUAAAUAUAUAUAAAUAGUUAUAUAUAUAAGAAUAUAUUUAAUGACGCGCGAAGAGAGAUAAUGCAUCUCGCGCGCCGGCGCCGCGUUUCAGUAUAGGGGAACAGAUGACAGUUGUAUCCACGAAUGUGGAGGGAAAUGUCGUGAUAAAAUGGGAAAGGGGAAAGAAAUUGAAGAAUUUUCGGUGUGGAGAGAUGCGCGAGCAACAGGAUCAACAACCAGGAUCAAGUGAUGUGCUAUAGUUAAACUAUAGUCUAAUGUUUCCGUGCGAAGCACACGACUCUUUUUGUAGAUAGAACACGAGGGAAGUAAUUUAGAUUAGAAUAAUUAAUAUGCAAACAGGAAAAGCAGUAACACAGAUUAUACCAAUACAUAUUAUUUACAUUACCUAGAGUAACCAGGAGAAAUAAGUAGAGGUUUUAGUGCGAUUGAAAAGUAAAAAAAAAAGGAAAAUAAAGACGUACCCGCAUAUACGUAUACCAAUAGCAUGAUUUAACGAAACGAAAUGCAAGCGAGGGAAGAACGAAGCGAGACUAAAUGCUAAUUAAGCGCGCUCUUAAAUGUGCGUAAGGGGGCGAAUGAUGAAAUGUAUUUGCGAGUAAUAAGUAACAAAUAUAACAUUCGGGAUUAUUAUUCGUGAAUAGAUUUCACCUGGGUACCGAAGAGGUAAACACCCCUCUUGUGCAUGCACGACACGAGAUGCUAACGGAAAUAAUGAGAAAGAACAAGCGCAAGCAAAUAAGCAAGUUGCUCAUGUGUAUAUUUUUGUAAAUAGAUAUUUGUGAGUGCCGCCGUCUUGAGGGCGGUCUACCGUCGGUUUAGCUCGCGGUAGAUUGGCCCGCCCCAAUUUUUGCUACCACAGAUCUUGUCGAGAAUCGGAUAAAAGAUUAACAAAUAGAAGAAGAAGAGGGAUACGAGAAGACGUAACGAGAGAAACGACACGCGACGAAAUGUGUUCGUUCAAUUUAGUUCUGAAAGAAAAAAAAGCAUGUUCUCUCCGCGCUUUCUUUCUUGAGAAUGGCCCAUUCAUGCGUUCACGUUUACUUCCUCAAACGACUUUCUGAUUUGUCCCCUGUUUUUACAAUCUCUUCUCGAGAAUGUCGAGAAAAAAGAACACGUCACGGCAGCUUCGAGUUUACCGGUAUAUGAUUCAAUUUGCCUCGUGUUUCAAACGCAUCUCUUCCCCCGCACAUUCGAUCAAUGAAAAAACGACAGCAUGUGAAUCGCGAUUUGUAGCAGCGGGAAGGUACGCAAUCGGUUGGCGAUCGUCCCGAGUUUUAUUUUCUCGACAAAACGCCGAAUUCGAAAGAACCAAUCUCUGAGUCGAAGCGAUUUUUAUCGAAACAUGAUCGCGUAGUUUAAUACAUAUCCCCGAUUUAAAUUUAAUUCUUCUGAGUGAUCGACGAAUAUUAUGCCCAACCGGAGAAUGACCCAGCAGCACUCCGAGAUCGUAGGACCAAUUAUUAUUCAUAUAGUUAUAAAAAAAUUAUAUUAUUGUCUUGUGUUAUUGACGUUCUGUUAGCAAUCGUCGAAAGUGUUAAUAAAAUGCAGGCGGAUUGGCGGGAUGACGGCGGCCCAUAGUUAUUAAGCGCGGUCCAAUGGUUCACGGGAUACAAUUUUAUAUUUCGCGAGUGCUAAAGAGGAUAAAGAGGAGAGACUAAAAAGAAUAAAAUUUAAAAAAAAAGAAAAAGAAGUCUAUUAAGAUGCUUCGAGAAUAUUUUCGAGACACAUAUUUAUAGCAGAUACAUAUAUCAGGCCCAUUUUCCCGCCAGGCCGGUCGCUCGAAAAGAAACACGAAUAGAAAUGCAAAUUCGACGAGAUACCAAAUCGCAAGUUCGGUGUGGUUUGUCGAGGGAAUGAAAACACGGGCGGUGGAAUUUUUUUAUUAUGCAUGUAUUGUACAGAAAGCGAGUUUGCAACGAGCGGAAAAGAGAUUGUCGAUUUAUGUAGAUAUCGGUUUUUAGGCAGAUUUCCUUUUUAUAAUGUUCUUUUCGAUAAUUUCGGGCUGAUGUAUGUUCCUGUAUGACUUCCAAAGAGAUAAGCGAAGGGUGCUGUCGCUCCAUAGGGUGCCGCGUAAAGUUGCGCGAAUUUUGAUCGCAAAGGAAAGCAUUCGUUUCUUUCUGGUUCUUUCGUAGAACCUCUUCAGUUUAUCGUUUUCUUUUUUGACCUCCUCCCUCUUUUAUCGAUCGUGUCGAUCAAUAUGAUUGAAUCGCGGAAUUGCAUUGCGCGAUAUUUUUACAAUAAUUUUAUUAAGCUAUUAUCAUCGUUACUGUUAUUGUUAACAUUGAUGAUAUUAUUGACGAUAACAAUUACAAUCGGUAAUAAUAAUAAUGAUCGUAAUAAUAAUGAUAAUAGGUAUAGACGAUAAUUUAUAAUAGUAACAGUAACGAUGUUGCUAUUUACUAUGUAAUGAUUAUUAUGUUUACGAAUAAUAUUGUAUUGUUAUCCUUUUUUUGAAAUAUUUUCAUGAGUGAGAGAAUGCAUAAGACCAGGUGAAGUGAUGCGUGGGAGGUGGAAAGCGGAGACACAUGUGCGCGACGCAUACUUACACAGAUACAUACACACACACGUACACCGGACAGAUUGUACAUUAUUCCUACUUGCAUCGCGAAGUUUAAUGGGAUCGUUUCGAUCGGGCAGGCGCGGUCGCGCGGCAGAUAUCACUCUCGUAUCUGUAAAGGACCUUAAUAGAGAGAGCUUAAUUAGCGCCGUUUGAUUUCGUCUUCUUAGUCCCCCUCCCUCCACAUUCUCUUCCCUACCACACACCACUCAGUACUUGUAAAAUAUUUAUAUAUGUAUAUAUUAUUUAUAUAUAUAUAUACAUACAACACACCAAGUACAUUGCGUGUAUAUACAUAUACAUACACAUAUAUAUGUUAAAGAGAUGAGAGAAGCAUACACACCACGCAAUCUUAAUUACAAUUAUAUCAUAUAUUAUUAUAUUAUUAAUAAUUAUUACAUUGAUGAUUA